UACUGAAUAGGAAGUCUAAAUCACAUCUUCAGGAAAGCUUUUUACUAGAAAGUUCACGCCGCGAUAAAGUUACAUUUUUAGAAACACACGACUGAAAAUUUCGUAACUUGUUUGCUAUCAAAAGUUUCAUCAGCGCAAAUUAUUUUCAAUUUAUUUUAUAAACCGACUCUGCACCAGCGUUUUACGGAAAUUUUAUUUCAUUUAUGUGUUAUGUUAAUAAGAAAAAAUUAGUGUAUUGAAACUAUGACACUAUGGCCGAAUGUUAUACUCUCUCGGAGUUGCAAUCUCAAAGGGCUCUUUCUACGGAGAAUACCGAUUCUAGCAUGGCUGCCUCUGUACAGUUGGGGCAAACUUUUGCAGGACAUUUUGGCAGGGUUGACAGUGGGUCUGACCGCGAUACCGCAGGGUAUAGCAUAUGCAAUAGUGGCUGGACUUCCGGCUCAGUAUGGCCUGUAUAGCAGUUUCAUGGGCUGUUUCGUUUAUCUUGUCUUCGGUAGCAGCAAGGAUGUCACAGUGGGUCCUACCGCGAUAAUAGCUUUAUUGGUACAAAAGCACGUGAGGAAACUGGGAGAAGAUCUUGCCGUUCUCAUGUGUUUCUUAUCGGGUGUUGUGAUUACAAUCAUGGGAAUGCUUCACUUGGGAUUUCUCGUAGAUUUUAUAAGUAUGCCCGUAAUUUGUGGCUUCAGUAACGCUGCGGCGAUUAUUAUCGCUACUUCUCAAUUAAAUACCUUGCUGGGCAUAACGGGGCGCAGCGAAUCUUUCAUCGACGCUAUCUCAAAGGUCAUCAAUCAAAUAAAUGAAAUUAAACUUUGGGAUACUACGUUAGGAGUGUGUUCGAUGGCGAUGCUGAUUAUCCUAAAGAAAUUGCCUGGUAAAAAAUCGGGAAGUCCUUUUGAGAAAUUCAUGUGGCUAAUUUCGAUAGCCAGAAAUGCCAUAGUUGUGAUGAUUGGAACUCUUAUAGCCUAUGCAUUAUUCUCCUACGAAAUCAAGCCUUUUCAAAUUACGGGCAAUAUAACUGAGGGCUUGCCAUCAUUUUCUUGGCCUCCAUUCACCGUCAUAAAAGGAAACCAAACGUAUACCUUUGUGAUGUUGAUCAGAGAGUUUGGCAGUAGCACCCUUUCAAUACCACUCAUUGCCAUUUUGGAAAGCAUUGCCAUCGCAAAGGCAUUCGCGAAGGGAAAGACUCUCGAUGCUAAUCAAGAGAUGUUAGCGCUCGGUCUCUGCAACAUAUUCGGCAGUUUCGUGAGAUCGAUGCCCGUAACCGGAAGUUUCACUCGUACCGCCGUCAACAAUGCAUCUGGUGUCAAAACGCCGAUGGGCGGUGUGAUUACGGGUAGUUUGGUGCUUUUGACAUGUGGCCUCUUGACAUCUACUUUCAAAUUUAUUCCCAAAGCUACGCUAGCGGCCGUCAUCAUAAUCGCCAUGUUUUACAUGUUCGAGAUACAUAUCUUUAUCGUUCUUUGGAGAACAAAAAAAAUCGAUUUGGUGCCAUUGACGGUGACGUUAUUAUGUUGCUUGGCGGUCGGUUUGGAGUACGGUAUGAUCGCUGGGAUUGCGGUAAAUCUAAUUCUCUUACUCUAUUUCACGGCUCGACCCGGGCUAUUGAUCGAAGAGCGGAUCGUCGAUGGUUUGACCGUACUCUUCGUAUCUCCCAAGCAAUCCCUGAGUUUCCCGGCCGCGGAGUAUCUGCGAGAGCGAGUAAUGUCUUGGUGUGACAAGAGAUUGAGAAACUUGCCUGUGAUAGUGGAGGGUCGUCACGUGCUUAGGAUCGAUGCCACAGUCGCGAAAAACCUGGCGCUACUCGUAUCAGAUCUCGCAGCACGAGAUCAGAAGCUCAUUUUUUGGAAUUGGUGUGAGGAUGCAAAGCAGACUUUGAUAUGUUACGAUCCGUCACUCGCGACUUAUUGCAAAUCAUCUGGCAGCAUAAUGCGGAUAUUUUCAGAUGAAAUGGUAGUUUACUGAUUGAAUCGAUCGAGCUACUGCCAUAAUAGAUGUGUUAGUUAUAAUUUUCUAAAUAAAUUAUACGGUGUCAUUUACUCCAAUCGUUUAAUCAAAAUGUUUAUAUGUCACUUAAUAUAUAAAUAUAUAUAUAUAUAUAUAAUGUGUAAUUAUAUAAAUGUUUUAAUUAUAUAAUAUAAUAUUAUAUAAACGAGAGUUUCAAAAAUAAUAGCAAA